CCGCCCCCGCCGCACCGGAAGUGUGCUCAGGUGUAAGAAGCCGGUGAACAGUUAUAGGAAAUUGUCCGCAGGGAGAACAUGGCUAACCCGGCUCCCAACAGCAGGCCGUCCAACCCGGAAAACCCGCGGGUGUUCUUUGAUGUGGAGGUGGGAGGCGAACAGGUUGGCCGGAUUGUGAUAGAGUUGUUUGCUGAUGUGGUUCCAAAAACGGCUGAAAACUUCCGAGCGCUGUGCACUGGCGAAAAAGGUUUAGGGAAGACGACCGGGAAGCCUCUUCACUUUAAAGGAUGUCCCUUUCAUAGGAUUAUUAAGAAGUUUAUGAUCCAGGGUGGAGACUUCUCAAACCAAAAUGGAACUGGUGGUGAAAGUAUAUACGGAGAGAAAUUUGAGGAUGAAAACUUCCAUUACAAGCAUGACAGGGAAGGCCUGCUCAGUAUGGCCAACGCCGGCCCCAAUACUAAUGGUUCUCAGUUCUUCAUCACGACUGUCCACACUCCCCAUUUAGAUGGGAAACACGUGGUAUUUGGUCAAGUCCUCAAAGGAUAUGGCAUUGUGAAAAUGCUAGAAAAUGUCGAAGUUAACGAAGAAAAGCCAUCCAAACUGUGUGCAAUAGCAGAAUGUGGAGAGCUGAAAGAUGGAGACGAGUUGGUCAUCCCUCCUUUGGAUGGCUCUGGAGACACCCAUCCUGACUUCCCAGAAGACUCCGAUGUGGAAUUAAAUGACGUUGAAAAGAUCGUCAGCAUAGCAGAAGACGUCAAGAAUAUCGGGAACAAUUUCUUCAAGUCUCAGAAUUGGGACAUGGCAAUAAAAAAGUACAACAAGGCUUUAAGAUAUGUGGAAAGUUGUAAAGAUGUCACCGGAGAUGACAACAUUGCAAAGUUAAAUCCAAUUGCAGUAAGUUGCAACCUGAAUAUCGCUGCUUGUAAACUGAAAGGGUCCGACUUCAGAGCAGCAAUUGAGAGCUGCCACGAGGCUCUUGAACUUGAUCCAGCUAAUACAAAAGCACUUUACAGACGGGCCCAGGGCUGGCAGGGUUUAAAAGAUUAUGAGCAAGCACUGGAUGACCUUAAAAAGGCCCAUGAGUUGGCUCCUGAGGACAAAGCCAUCAGCAGCGAGAUCCUUCGGGUCAAGCAGAGGAUUAAAGAACAGAAGGAAAAAGAGAAAGCAGUGUAUGCAAAGAUGUUUGCGUAACUGUUUACAUUGAAGUGAGCAUGCGGUAUGCUGACAAGAACGUCUGGGCGCAUAGUCAAACUGCUGUCCGAUAUAAAACCAAAAGAAAAAAAUGUAAUUUUUCAACCCAGGUGUGAUAUUUCACCUAAGUAUUUCUGAAGGUUUACAGUCUCUUUUCAGUUUUUAUUUUUGUCUCCUGUGACACUGCAUGAACUAUGCAACUGGUGGGAUGUGCAGUGUAUUUUUUUUAUCUCUAUUUUUUUUUUGUGGAUAGGCUUUUAUUGAUCUCAAGCAGCGUUAGUGUUUUUUUUUCCUUGUAUUUCUCGGUUAUGCCAGGCCUACUCAGCUGAGGUUGUGGACAUCACCCAUCCAACUUUCUCAAGAAGUCUUUGCCUUGUGCUGUAGCAGAUGCACUGAGAACCUGCCCUUGUAUUAAGUAGUCCAGGUGACGUUACUGGAAGCUGCUUGGCAGUCUUGUGGCCUUUGUCUGACACCCAGCUGUGUACUCCUUGUCUAACGGUUUAGUAAGGCUCAUUUUUUUGUGUUUUUACAGGAAGAACAGCAAUCCUGUGUAAUCAUGGCUUAUUGUUACAUCAUUCAUAAACUCGAGCAUAGAAUGAAUUGGUUUACUGUCUUUCAUAAUCUGCCAGGAGUCCAUGGUUUCAGCUUCCAGCUCCUUAUCGAAUUACAGUCCAGAUGGUGAACAGAGUAUAAAUUGAUCCAUUAAUAGAAAAGGCAACACAACUGAUAGUUUUUAAAUGGGUAGAUUUAAUGGUCAGUAAUGAUUUAGUUGCAAUAAAAGUUUAAGUUUUAUGGGAGCGAAAGGCAUAUGUCAAGAUAAGGCAAAAACAGCCUUAGGACUAUAUGCAAAUUAUGAGUCCAUCGUUUGUCAUACACGUAAAGGCGACAGAUCUCUGCAAGUUAUUUUUAUAUAUAUUUUUUGUUUCUGAAUGCAAACAGUGAUAUAGAUAGCAGUAGGGAUGGGAGGGAUCACACCGGCUGUACUGAGUAUAGAUGGGGGGAGGGGGUGUUAAGAGCUAACAUGGCAGUCUGCAGUGUUUCUGUAGAGAAAGAGGUGGGCACCCAGGGCAGUCAUACACUUCUCAGUAAAAAGGGGAAGUGAUAUAAGCAUGAAGCUGUGCUGUUACAGAGCUAGUGAAGAAAGCAGCAUCCUGGACACACAACCUCACAUCUAGAAUUUAUUACUGUGCAAGAUUUUUCCACAUAAGAAAAGCUGAAAACUGGGAGUAGGUUGUAAACUUCAUAUUAAGAUGUCCGAAGGAAUAAAGACUGUCUAAAAAUGUAAUGCAAGAUUUAUUAAAACAAGAAAACUAG